AUGGAGGAUGUUGAACAGCCAUCAUCGUGUGCCGGGGUACGUUGUGGGGAAGACCGGAAGUGUGUGGUGCGGUGCGGCGCCCCCCGCUGCGUCUGCUCCCCGCAGUGCCACCUCAAACACAAGGAGGCGGUGUGUGGCACCGACGGCCGCACGUACAAGUCAGAGUGCCACCUCCUGAAGAGGGCCUGCAGGAAGAAGAGGAGGCUUCUGGUAGCUCACUACGGACCCUGUCAGACUUGCAGUGGCGUGCGCUGCGGCGGAGGGAAGAAGUGUGUACUGGACGAGCAGAUGACCCCUCGCUGUGUACGCUGCCCUUCGUCUUGUCCACCGCAGGACAAGCCGCGUCCUAUCUGCGCCGCCGACCAGCGCACUUAUGUCUCCCCAUGCCACCUGAAGCGGGCGUCCUGCCGUGCAGCUGCUGAGAUACCUAGGGCAUACAAGGGGCCCUGCAGAGAGGACGCCACGUGCAGCAGUGUGAGGUGUUGGCGCGAUCAACGUUGUUUGACGCGUGUGGAUGGAGGUCAGCCUCAGUGUACGUCGUGUGGGUCACUGGACUCGUGUAAGCCCUCCUCCCGCCCCGUCUGCGCCUCCAACGGUCGUAUCUACCCGUCGUGGUGCGCCUUCAGGCACGAGGCUUGCCGCUCAGGCAGGGCACUCAUACCUACACUACACCAGCACUGCGCCUCCAAUCACACUGAAGUGGACGACUGCAACAAACAACAUUUCAAGCCGAAGAAGAGCAAGCAGCGGCGCCGUCAGGACCUACAUGAGAAGGAUCUCCGGCACCAUAUAGUGGCACAGAGGAUCUUCCAAGGAGUAGCCGAGACUGCUGGUGCUGCCACCUUAGCUGAGCUGAAGCUGGAAGGUAACACCAACAAUGUUGAAAGUGGAGGUGCAAGUGACGUUGACGGGAGCACCAGAAAGGCCAAGAUCAACAGGGCCCUCAUCUCGGAGAAAAUGAAGAAACGAAAGAGGAGGAGGAAGAGGAGGAGGAGAAAUUGCAAAAUGAACAGAAAGCGAACAAGAAAGGAGAGAGAGAGAACAAGAGAAGAGCAAACAAGGCGAGUGGAGGGGGAGUGAUGUAGCCUAGCUGAUGUACCCAAAAGGAGCCUUCGGUACAAUGGAUGAAGACAGAGGUACUACUACACAUAUCCAGUGACAGAAAGAAAUGUGAUGUGGUAGUAGAUGAGUGUGGACUCAGAUGACCUCAAGAAAGGUGAUAUGUAAGACAACACGACUCGGAUGAUAUUGUUAGGAGAUAAUGAUAAUGGAGGUAGGAGCUGUGGCGGCAAGGAUUUGGCGAGAGAAGAUGGAAGAUAUAUAUUUUUAGACGUUUUUGUAGUGGAGAGAUGGUGGGGUCAGUGUGAUGGUGGGGCUACAGGUGGGGAUGGUGGGGUCAGUG